AUGAACAACAACAACAACAACCAGGAGAGUACCGAUUACCCGCCCGUGAAGCAUACGGACGCCGUGAAGCUGUUCAUUGGCCAAAUACCGCGCAACUUUGAGGAAGCUGACCUGAGAGCGUUGUUCGAGCAGUUUGGAAAGAUUUACGAAUUCACCAUAUUGAAGGACAAAUUCACCGGUCUGCACAAAGGAUGUGCGUUCCUGACCUACUGUAAUCGCGAGAGCGCGAUCAAGUGUCAAACGAUGUUGCACGAUCAGAAGACGUUGCCCGGUGUAAGUGUACGUCUGCAUGUGUAUGUGAAGUGA